AUGUCUGGCAGAGGGAAAGGAGGCAAAGGACUGGGCAAAGGCGGAGCCAAGCGGCACCGUAAAGUGCUCCGUGAUAACAUCCAGGGCAUCACCAAACCGGCCAUCCGCCGUCUGGCUCGCCGUGGCGGCGUCAAGCGGAUCUCGGGUCUGAUCUACGAGGAGACCCGCGGGGUGCUGAAGGUUUUCCUGGAGAAUGUGAUCCGGGAUGCGGUCACCUACACUGAACACGCCAAGCGCAAGACGGUCACUGCCAUGGAUGUGGUGUACGCUCUGAAACGCCAGGGCCGCACUCUCUAUGGCUUCGGCGGCUGAAAACCUCCCAC